ACCAAGUCGCGCGCCUGGACCAAGGCGCGCUCCUGCACCAAGGCGCGCUCCUGGACCAAGGCGCGCACCUGGACCAAGGCGCGCACCUGGACCAAGUCGCGCGCCUGGACCAAGGCGCGCUCCUGGACCAAGGCGCGCGCCUGGACCAAGGCGCGCUCCUGGACCAAGUCGCGCGCUUGGACCAAGGCGCGCGCCUGGACCAAGGCGGCGCGCGCGCCUGGACCAAGUCGCGCGCCUGGACCAAGUCGCGCUCCUGGACCAAAGCGCGCGCCUGGAGCAAGGCGUGCUCCUGGACCAAGGCGCGCGCCUGGACCAAGUCGCGCGCCUGGACCAAGGCGCGCGUUUGGACCAAGUUGCGCGCCUGGACCAAAGCGCGCGCCUGGACCAAAGCGCGCGCCUGGACCAAGUCGCGCGCCUGGACCAAGUCGCGCGCUUGGACCAAGUCGCGCGCGCCUGAACCAAGUCGCGCGCCUGGACCAAGUCGCGCGACAGGACCAAGGCGCGCCCCUGGACCAAGGCGUGCUCCUGGACCAAGGCGCGCGCCUGGACCAAAGCGCGCUCCUGGACCAAGGCGCACACCUGGACCAAGUCGCGCGCCUGGACCAAGGCUCGCGCGCCUGGACCAAGGCGCGCGCGUGGACCAAGUCGCGCGCCAGGACCAAGGCGCGCCCCUGGACCAAGGCGCGCUCCUGGACCAAGGCGCGCGCCUGGACUAGGUCGCACGCCUGGACCAAGGCGCGCUCCUGGACCAAGGCGCGCGCCUGGACCAAGGCGCGCGCCUGGACCAAGGCGCGCUCCUGGACCAAGUCGCGCACCUGGACCAAGUCGCGCUCCUGCACCAAGGCGCGCGCCUGGACCAAGGCGCGCUCCUGGACCAAGGCGCACACCUGGACCAAGUCGCGCGCCUAG